AUGGCGUCCAAGCUAGUUGACAAUCUGAGCUGUCCGAUCUGCCUGGACAUCUUUAAAGAUCCCGUCAUCCUGUCCUGCUACCACAGCUUCUGUAGAGAGUGUGUGGAGAACUGCUGGAAGGAGAAAGAGGACAAGGAGUGUCCUGUUUGUAAGAGGAGACACUCAAAGGAAUGCUUACCUUCUAACUUUGCUUUAAAGAACCUGUGUGACACUGUUCUACAGGACAGAGAUCAGAGAUCUUCAGAGUCUGCGAAGGAUCUCUGCAGUCGGCAUAAUCGUGAAUUUGAACUCUUCUGUCUGGACCACGAGGAGCCGGUGUGUCUUAUCUGCAGAGAUUCAGAAAAACACUCCAACCACAGAUUCAGACCCAUCGAUGAAGCUGCAGAAGAACACAAGAAGAAACUUGAGGAAACUCUGCAGCCCUUAAAGGAGAAGUUAACGGUUUGUGAAAAAGUCAAAGUGGAGUUUGAUCAAACUCUGGACCACAUUGAUGUCCAGGCCCGGCACACACAGAGGCAGAUUAAGGAGCAGUUUAAGAAGCUUCACCAGUUUCUAGCAGAGGAAGAGGAGGCCAGGCUGCGUGCACUGAGGGAGGAAGAGGAGCAGAAGAGACAGAGGAUGAAGGAGCAGAUGGAGGCUCUGAGAGCACAGAUAGUAGAUCUUUCACAGACAGUCAGAGCCACAGAGGACCAGCUGAUGGCCCAAGACGUCUCCCUCCUGAAAAACUACAAGGCUGCAGUGGAAAGAGUCCAGCAGCGCCCCCUGCUGGAUGAUCCACAGCUGCUCUCAGGAGCUCUGAUAGACCAGGUCAAACACCUGGGCAACCUGGGCUUCAACAUCUGGACCAAGAUGAAGGACCUGGUCUCCUACACGCCCAUCAUUCUGGACCCAAACACUGCUCACCCAGAACUCAUCCUGUCUGAUGAUCUGACCGCUGUGAGACCAGGAACGAGACAGCGGCUUCCUGAGAAUCCAGAGAGGUUUGAUCGUUACUGGUCCGUCCUGGGCUCUGAGGGCUUUAACUCAGGGACUCACAGCUGGGAUGUCCAGGUUAGAGACAGUACACGCUGGGUACUGGGAGUGUUAGCAGAGUCUGGACAGAGGAAGGGAAAGAUAGAGUCUGGAAUAUGGGGAGUAUGGUUAUAUGAUGGUAAAUACAGAGCAGUCUCAUCAUUACAAGGAAUCACUGAUCUCUCAGUGAAGAAUCCUCCAAAGAGGGUCAGAGUGAAUCUGGACUGUAACAGUGCAGAGCUGUGGUUCUCUAAUCCUGAUACUAACACACACAUCCAUACCUUUAAACUCACUUUCACUGAGACCAUGCUUCCAUACGUUAGUACUGUAGAUAAUAUGAAGAUUUCACCAGAGAGGAUCUCUGUGACUGUGGAGCCAAACUAA